AUGACGCUGCAACCCUACAUGGAGCCCAACGAGACCGAGGUGUCACAUCCGCAGAAGCGCAUACGCUGCAUCAAAGCGGCAAACAAGCGACACUCCCUCAAGGAACGUCUCCACCGGCGUAUAGGCUCUGGCGGCGAGAAGCAAGACCCGUUGGGUAAAGAAGGCGGACUUCCGACCGACCCGUCUCCUGAGAGCUCAGAUGCAGGCGCCGAAGAGGGAGACUCGGGGCGCAAAGUCUACUUCAACGUUCCCCUGCCGCAAACAGAACGCGACGAAGAAGGCCACCCCCUCGCACAGUACGCCCGCAAUAAGAUAAGAACCGCCAAAUACACGCCGCUCAGCUUCAUACCCAAGAACCUGUGGUUCCAGUUCCACAACAUCGCCAACGUCUACUUCCUGUUCAUUAUUAUCCUGGGCAUUUUCUCCAUUUUCGGUGCUAGUAAUCCGGCUCUUAAUGCAGUACCGCUCAUCGUCAUUCUCGUCGUAACGUCCAUCAAGGAUGGAGUAGAGGAUUGGCGAAGAACCGUCCUAGACAACGAGCUCAACAACGCGCCCGUUCACCGACUCGUCGACUUCAACAACGUAAACACGGCCGAAGACACGGUAUCAUUAUGGCGGAAGAUCAAGAAGGCCACCACAAAGAGCAUAAUCUCAACAUGGCGGCUGAUGAAGAGCGCCAAGAGCAAAAAGGGUGCAAAGGGCAAAGGAGGCGAGGACGGCGGCAUGGACGGCUCGCGCCCUUCCCACGAGACCCGAAGAGCUUCCAUCGCAUCACGCAGAGAAUCCUACUUUGGAAACGAGAACGACAUCCAGAUGACACCCGUGCCCUCACCGCUACCAGGCCAAUCUCCUACGCAUUCUCCUCCACUAACCCAUGGACCCGGUGAAGGAGAUAAAAUUCGUGGUGCCGACUCCAAUCCUGGCCCUCAAAAGAAGUUCUGGGGAAGUGUGCUGAACCCGUACAAGACUGCUCCAGAAAAGGCACGUUUCAAGAAAGAUGCAUGGAAAAAUGUCCAGGUCGGUGAUUUCGUGCGCCUUUACAACGAUGAGGAGAUCCCUGCCGACGUGAUUGUGCUUUCCACUUCUUCCGACGACGGCGCAUGCUAUGUUGAGACGAAGAACCUGGACGGUGAGACCAACCUCAAGGUGCGUAAUGCACUCCACGCCACUCGAGAUGUGCGACAUGCUCGACACUGCGAGCGUGCCGAAUUCGUCAUCGAGAGCGAAGGCGCGCAUUCCAACUUGUACUCGUACAGUGCAGCCAUCAGGUGGCAGCAGCACAACGCGAAAGAUCCCGAGGCGCCGGCGUACGAAAUGGUCGAGCCCAUCUCCAUUAACAACCUUAUCCUCCGUGGCUGUCAACUGCGAAACACCGAGUGGGUAUUGGGUGUCGUCGUCUUCACUGGAGAAGAGACAAAGAUCAUGAUAAACUCCGGUAUCACGCCCAGCAAGAGAGCCAGGAUCUCCAAGGAACUGAACUGGAACGUUGUAUACAAUUUCUUCAUCCUGGCCGCCAUGUGUCUGGUCUCUGGAAUCGUGCUUGGUGUGACUUGGGCUCGGGACGACACCACCCAUUCAUUCUUCGAAUAUGGUUCCUACGGAGGUGCUCCUGCUACAGACGGUGUAAUUGCGUUUUGGGCUGCCGUCAUUCUCUUCCAGAAUUUGGUUCCUAUUUCGCUUUACAUUACCCUGGAAAUCAUUCGUACGCUGCAGGCCCUCUUUAUCUACAGCGACAUACACAUGUACUACGCAAAGCUGGACUACCCCUGUACUCCCAAGUCCUGGAAUAUCUCAGAUGACGUGGGCCAGAUCGAAUACAUCUUUUCGGACAAGACGGGUACACUCACCCAGAACGUCAUGGAGUUCAAGAAGGCAACCAUUAACGGAGUUCCCUAUGGAGAAGCGUACACAGAGGCCCAGGCAGGCAUGCAGCGGAGACAAGGUAUCAACGUCGAAGUUGAGGGUGCCAAGGCCCGCGAACAGAUUGCGCGCGACCGUGUGCGGAUGCUCGAGGGAAUUCGCAAGAUGCAUGACAACCCCUACUUGUGGGAUGACGAUCUGACAUUUAUUGCUCCGGACUAUAUUGACGACCUGCGCGGAGAAUCUGGAAUGGAACAAAAGAGAGCCAAUGAGGAGUUUAUGAUUGCUUUGGCCCUUUGCCAUACCGUCGUUACUGAACGCACCCCUGGUGACCCACCGAAGAUCGAGUUCAAAGCACAAUCGCCCGAUGAAGCCGCACUCGUCGCUACUGCCCGUGAUUGUGGCUUCACAUUCGUUGGUCGCGAAGACGAUCGUCUCGUUGUCAAUAUUCUGGGACAAGAGCGCAAAUACCAAGUCCUCAAUACCCUGGAAUUCAACUCCAGCAGGAAGCGAAUGAGUGCGAUCAUCAGAAUGCCUGAUAACAGAAUCGUCCUAUUCUGCAAAGGAGCCGACAGCAUGAUCUACUCUAGGUUGAUCCCCAAUGAGCAACGACAACUCCGUGCCGAUACUGGUGAGCAUCUUGAGAUGUUUGCGCGAGAAGGACUCCGAACACUGUGCAUUGCUCAACGAGAGAUCUCUGAGGAGGAAUACCAAGAGUGGAACAGGGAUUACGACAUUGCUGCCAACGCUAUUCAAGGACGUGAGGACAAGCUGGAAGAGGUAUCCGAUCGCAUCGAAAACCACUUGUGGCUGAUUGGAGGAACUGCCAUCGAAGACCGACUCCAGGACGGUGUACCAGAGUCCAUUUCUCUUCUCGGUCAGGCCGGUAUUAAGCUGUGGGUUCUUACAGGUGACAAAGUUGAGACAGCCAUCAACAUCGGUUUCUCUUGCAACCUGCUCGACAACGACAUGGACCUGAUUAUCCUCAAGGUUACAGACGAUAACAUCGAUUCUAUAGAAGCCCAGCUCGACGAGAAAUUGAAGAUCUUCGGUCUAGAAGGCUCUGAAGAAGAACUGGCCGCCGCUCAAAACGAUCACGAACCACCACCACCUACACAUGCCAUCAUCAUCGACGGAGACACUCUCAAGCUGGCUCUAGAUGAAUCAGUGAAGCGGAAGUUCCUUCUGCUUUGUAGGCGUUGUCGAUCCGUUCUUUGCUGCCGUGUGAGUCCCAGUCAGAAAGCAGCCGUCGUCAACAUGGUCAAGACUGGACUGGACUGUCUCACUCUUGCUAUUGGAGACGGUGCCAACGACGUGGCCAUGAUUCAAGAGGCGCACGUUGGUGUCGGUAUCGCUGGUGUCGAGGGCCGCGCAGCCGUCAUGUCUUCUGAUUACGCCAUUGGUCAAUUCCGUUUCCUCACUCGCCUUGUGCUUGUUCACGGUCGAUGGUCAUACCGUAGGCUCGCAGAAACCAUUGCCAACUUCUUCUACAAGAACAUCAUUUGGACGUUUUCUCUCUUCUGGUACCAGAUUUACACCAAUUUCGACAGCCAGUAUAUCUUCGACUACACUUACAUUAUCUUCUUCAACUUGGCGUUUACGUCACUCCCUGUUAUCGUCAUGGGUGUUCUGGAUCAGGAUGUCGAUGAUAGAGUAUCUCUGGCCGUCCCGGAGCUGUACCGUCGUGGUAUCGAGCGAAAGGAAUGGAGCCAGCCUAAGUUCUGGGCUUACAUGGUCGAUGGUAUCUACCAAUCCGCAGUUGCCUUCUUCUUCUUGUACGAAAUCUUCGCACCCGCAACUUUUGCGACCUCCAACGGAUUGGACCUGGCCGAGUUCCGACGCAUGGGUAUCUACGCUGCAACUACAGCUGUUUGUGCAGCCAACAUCUACGUCCUAUACAACACAUAUCGUUGGGACUGGCUGAUCGUCCUGAUCGUCGUCAUCAGUACCCUCUUCAUCUGGUUCUGGACUGGGGUGUACACCUCUUUCACCUCGAGUGCUCAAUUCUACAAGGCUGGUGCCGAAGCAUACGGCACUCUCAAUUUCUGGGCUUACGUUCUGUGCGCUACGGUAGCGUGUUUGCUUCCGCGCUUCAUCUUCAAGGUGGUGCAGAAGAUCUACUUCCCUCUAGAUGCGGACAUUAUUCGGGAGCAGGUGAAGCAAGGCAAAUUCGACUAUUUGAGAGACAAUGACUCUUACCUUCCUCCUCGACCAGAGAAGGUGGCUGGUGAGCAAGACUCCAACCAGUCAUCGGAAGCCGAUGCUUCGAAGUACAAAGCCGCUAAUGCCGAUGUCACGGACGAAGACGUUCGACCCAUCUACCCACCAUCAGUUGCUCCAACCGCUACGACGCACAACCCAAGAAGCCAGAAUGGCAGCAACAGCACCGACUACACUUUCCGCCGUUCUAUGGAGGGCCUCCCACCCGCUCCUACAACGGAGGCUCCUCCCCUCGCCCAUCGUAUGUCGACCGACUACCGCGUACGACCAAGCUUCGAUCGCGCACGUAUGUCUAUGGACCGCGUGCGUCCUAGUUUCGAGCAAAGCAACGACUUUACCUCGGCCGCCAUGCUGACACGACUCGAGUCGUCCCACAGCCGUAACAGUUUCCAAGGCCACAGGAACAGCUACCAAGGCGGUCCCCCCAAUACACAACCGGCAGUCAUGAGCCGGUUACGCAAUGCGAUCCGCAGAGCGACAAUAACACGAGAUGAGGCGCCAGAACAUCUUCGUCAAAACCAAGAAGAUGUACCGGAAGUGCCUGCAGUACCCAAAAGCCCACCACGUAGUCCGCGAAGUCCGCCCAGGUAG